UACCGAUCAACCAUGACUGGAAGCAGUCAAAUAAGGUGAAUCCCUUGGAAUAAAUUUUAACGUUUAUUGCUUAAGCACAAAGGUAGCGUAAAAAGUACAAAUUAAACGUAUGUUUGACAUGUUAAAAAUGUGAAUUGUUAAUGGUGUGCCCUGAAUCACCUAUCGAUUGAAUGCUUGAAAAUUGAUCACAGCUGGUACAGCUCUAUGGCCAAUUGCCAAUCAGUAUUCUAAUCGGCAACAUGUCGGACGUCAUCAGGAGGUCAUUGAAGCAGUGCAAUCAUUCGGUAAAUUGGACUGGUUUAUGGGCGCGUUAUAUCUAUGACGAUAUCAUCGAUUGAUAUAUUGACCCAUAACGCGAAGCGCGUUGAACAAGCAACAAUAAACAAGGCACUUAAACCGGUUAUAGCAUCUGAAUGAUUUGAUAAUAUCAUGAUACCGUGAACUAUCGGAAUUUAAGCGUUAACCGGAAUGAUCGCAUUUAUCAGUUAAACGGAAACGCUUAGCCGAUGAUGACGAAGUUGUGCGUUGGUGCGUUGAUAUUUGGCAGUUUGCUAGCAGCAGUCGCUAUUGGAGUAGAUCUGCAGUCUUAUGAAAACUACAAAUUAUACCAUGUACAACCAGCAUCACACGCCCAAUUGAAACUUUUGGUGGAAUCUAACAACAACGAGCAAAUCGACCUUUGGAGUUCGCCUGGCAUCGGCCGGAGAUCGUCGGUCAUGGUUGACCCCGAUACUGAAGAGUCCUUUGUAGCGAUGUUGACGCUAAACAACAUCUCUCACCGUGUUCUGAAUGACGAUGUUCAGCAGCUGAUCGAACAGGAACGUGCGGGUCAGCAGGCAAAGCUGCGCGCUCGGCGUGAGGCAAGCGACGGAAAAGACUUUGAUCGGUUUUGGACACUGGAGGAAAUUUACCAAUAUCUCGAUGAACUGGCUGAGACUUAUCCGGAUUUGGUGCGCGUCACAAGCUACGGUACCACUCAUCAAGGCCGUCCGAUUAAGGUUAUCACUAUUUCGACGCAGGGGGCAGUGAAUAUGCUUCGGCCGGUCGUACUGAUCGAUGGAGGAAUUCACGCUCGCGAAUGGGCGGGGCAUAUGUCCGUGAUAUAUCUGAUUCAUCAGUUGGUGGAAAAUUCGGCGGAACAUGAAGAUCUUUUGAAAAAUACUGAUUGGGUGAUAAUGCCGGUGGCCAAUCCGGAUGGGUAUGUUUACACACACGGUACCAAUCGAUUGUGGCGCAAAAAUCGGGUUCCCGUGAAUACACUUUGCCAAGGUGUUGAUUUGAACAGGAACUUUCCGUUCCGUUGGGAGUACUAUGGUGGGGAAUGCAGUAUUGGAUACGCAGGUGCCACGCCAGCGUCUGAACUGGAAACCCGUGCCGUGAUGCUUCUGAUGGCGAAGUAUGCCAAAGUGACCAAGGUUUACCUAGCAGUGCACACAUGCGGUGACUACAUUCUGUAUCCAUACGGAUACGACUACGUGAUUGCACCGAAUGCUGUCCAGUUACAGGCGCUAGGCGAAAGAGCGGCGCGUGCUGUGGAAGCGGUCGGUGGGCCUGAGUACAAAGUAGGAAGUGCGGCUUUUUUGCUCUACCCUGCCAAUGGAAGCGAUGACUUUAUCUACGGGAGCUUCGGAGUGAACUAUGCAUACACCCUUGAGUUGAGCUGUGGUGAAGCCGGCGGUGGCUUUAUAGUUAAUAAUACCGAAAUACGGAAGAUCGCGAAGGAAGCCUUUGAAAUGUUUAAAACAUUCGGAUUGUUUGCUGGGGAAGAAUUCGUGCCAUUAUCGGAAGAAUAGUGCCCGUUUUGGGAAUACAAUUAUCUGUUCAGAAUGAUCCUUAUCAGAUUUGAGUGGCUCAAUAAAAUGCGAAAACACGAA